AUGAUUGAUUUAAAUAAAUAUCCUUUAUUACUUUUACCAGUAAUCAUCUUUUUUGCUGUCAGAUACUUUUUAAGUUUCAAAUCUACACCUACACCACUUGUUGGAAAGGUAAACCCAAUUGGUGAUGAUUUUGAAUGGGAUAAAUGUAAACCAAAGGUAAUCAGGCCAUUUGUUGGUAGAAAAAAUUUCAAUACCAAUAUGGCAAUUCAAAAUUUAUUCAAAACCCCUGAAGAAUGGUUAUUGAUUGAAAACACUUAUAAAGAUAUCGUUGCAAAGAAAUCAAAGCUUAUUUCCGAAAAUAUCGAAAAGACCAUCUCUGUUGAUUCAACACCAAGAGCUCAAUUGGCCGCUAAAGAAUAUUAUGAUACUGUUAUUACUUUUAUGACUCAAAGAUAUCCUCAAUACUUUAUCAAGAAAGACAAUCAGAUUUAUAACAAACUUACUGAAGAAUAUUUACCACUUAAUCUGAAAAACAAAGAUCCUAAGGAAUUAUUAUUGACCUUAUCCAGAAACAUGGAAGAGGAUGUUGUUAUUUUUGUUAAAGAUGAUCCAGAUAAUCACGAUGAAGAAUAUGUCUUAAGGGCUACUAUUACUGGUUUCCCUGCUGGAUUCGAUCCUUCUGUUAAUCACAAUCAACCAAUUUCAGUUAUUCAUGGUCCAGUUCCUCAAUAUAAAGAAAGGUUACAACUUUCAAUGGCUAGAUUCUUCAACAGAUUGACCCCGCAAGAUUUAUGGGUUAGACAUAAUUGGUCAAUUCAAGCUCACGCUAACCAUUUCGCUCUUGAAAACAGUCAUGCUUAUGGAGAUGAAAAGGUUGAAGCUUUGAAAAUGGAAGAUAUGGAUUUCGACAAUGCUUGUUUUUUAAGAUGUGAAAGACAAGUUGUUUCUAGAAUGCCAAAACUGAGAGCUAAUUUUAUGAGUGUCAGAACUUAUUUAACUCCAAUGAGUCAAAUUAAAGCUGAAGGUUUAGGAGAAGAAUUAAUCAGAGCUAUUGAUUUAUUACCCGCUGAAGUUGCUCAUUAUAAGAGAAGAGCUGCUUGGGGCGAAGCUGUUAAACAAUAUUUAAGUACUUGA